AUGAGAUCUAAAUUGUUCAAGUAAAUUUUUUUGUAUAUUUAGUGCAAUUUAUUAAGUUUUAUAAUUUGAUAACCAAUCUAUUUAUGUUACCAUUACUCUCUCUUUAAUACAAAUGUUUCAGUUAAUUUAUUUAGCUUUCGCUUUGAAAACCUCAUAUUUAUGGAAAAAUUCUUAUUUAACAUAAAUAAUAACUUAAUUUUUAAGGUAAAUGAAUAAAAGUGAUCAAAUAGUUAUUUUACAAUUUUGUUGCAUAUUGUCAAUACUGAUUUUUCAAUAUUUUUAGCGUUUUUGUAUUUUUUUUUUUCUAUAGUGCUAUUAACUAUUAUGCUUUUAUUUUUGGUGGGUAUAUUAGACAAGGAUGCUCCAAUAAUUUUAAUUAAAGUGCUUUGUUAUUUAUUGAAAUUUUUGUUGACCAUAGGUUAUUUUCCUCUAAUGCAAAUAUUUUUUGGAGUAAGUAUUUUUUGGAAUAUUAUAGUAUUUAGCUUGUUAUGAGAAAGAUGGAAUUUAAGUAAUGGUAUAUUUGGAUUCCCAAGUUUGUUGGACUUUUGAAUAUAGUAUUCAUGCUAUUUUUGCUAUACUUAGUUUAAUAUUAAGUUAAGGUUUAAUUAGUAUUGUUUCAUUGAUAUGUUAUUAAUCAAAAAAAACUUAACUAAAUACUUUUUCUCAAAGAACAGGAAGGCCUUACUCUUUUUAUCACUAUUGUAUUCUAAUAAAUAUAAUGACAUAUUAAUUAUUAGAAACUCCAUAAUAUGUCUCAGUUAUUUUAAUAGUUUUUUUAGUGAAUAGUUAUUUGCUAUUCUAUUUAGUAAAGUCAACGUAACCAUUUCAUAAUAAAAAUAUUUAAACAUUAUGGGUAAUAAUAACUGCUCUGAAUUUUUGGACUUCAUUAAUGCUUACUUUUGCUGCUAUUUUAGAAGGUUAUUAUUUUAGAAAGUCUUUAUAUGCAUGGUUAAUUGGUAUUCCAUUUCUUACAAUAAUUAUAAUAAGAGAACCAUCUGAAUAAGUUGAUUUAUUUGCUGCUAAUAUUCAUCCUCAUGAAAGUGGUGAUCACAUUAUAUAAUUAUGUGAAUAUUUAUUAAAUAUGAUAUAGAAUGCACAUAAUGAUCAAUAUAUAUAAUUAGAAUUAGAUGCUUAUAUUGAAGUACAUAAACAUGCUUGUCCAAGACAAGAUUGUGUUCUUAAAGCUCGUAAAUAAACUGAAAAAAAGAAAUCUACUAGAUAAGGCAAUUAAAUUUUAUUGGAUGUAAUUAAUUAAAUAUUUUUUUAUGGAAUAAAAUCUUUUCCUACUGAUAUUCAUUUAAGACUUCAUUAUGCUUACUUUUUAAUAGAUUAUUUAAAAUUAAAAUAACUAGCUUUGACUGAAUUAUAAUAAGCAGAAUAAACUAAUGUUAGCUUUGAUUUUUCUUUUAUUAUUUUUAGAUUUAAAAAGAUUAUUGAAGAAGAAUUAUAAUAAUAAUAAUAAGAAAGUUCUAUUCAUUUAGAUGUAUCAAAUGAAAUGACAUUUUUAACUUAAAGCAAAUAACUAAUGAAUAUGGUAGAAAGAACUGCAUUAUUGUUUAUUGAUUUUUGGUCUUAAUUAUAAGAGGAAAUGCCAGAUACUGGAAAAUUAUUAUAUUUGGGUAUUAAGAUUCAAUAGUUUUCUUAAAUAGUAGAAGAUUAAUGGAAGAGGAUUAAAAAACUAAAUUAAAAACAUAAGAAAUUAUACUUAUUAAUGGGUAAAUAUUAUAAAUAUGUAUGGAAUGAUGAAAUAAAGAGUUAAUAAAUGUUUGAUAUAGAAAAAAAUAAUAAGAAUUCUGAAUUCAAAGGACUUUAUAUAAUGGAUGAAAUGGGGAACUCAUUUUAGGCAAUAUUAGUUUGUUAAACAGAAGGGGAAUAAUUAGGAAUUAUACAAUCAAUAAAUAAGGCAGCAUGUUCUUUAUUAGGAUAUACUAAAACAGAUCUUAUUGGUAGACAUUUAAAUAUUUUGUAACCGGAAAUGUAAAAUAUAUAAUUCUAGUUUUUAGGUAUUCAAAAUGGCAUACAACUAUUAUGACUAGAUUUCUUGAGAAUAGUGAUCUAAAUUAAAUUCAAUAAAAUAAAGAAUAAGGAUGCAAAGUGAUUUUUGUAAAAAAUAAAGCUCAUUAUUUAAUUUAAUGUACACUUUAAGUUAAAAUUAUUUAAACAUAAAAUCAAGAAAUAUAUUUAAUGGCUUAAUUAAUUUAAGAUGUUUAAUUUAAACCAUAUUGCUAUAUUUUAUGUUAAUCAAAUGGAUAAAUUGAGAACAUUAAUUCAAUGUGUAUAAAAGUAUUGGGAAUAGAUAAUAAAAUUAUUGAAAUGAAGAGAUUAAAUAUUAAUGAUCUAUUUCCAAAUUUCAUGGAUGUGAAAGAAGAUUAUUAAACUAGAUAAGGAGAAAAAUUAAUAUAUACACCUUCUUAAAAAUUAUCUAAAGAUUUAGAUUUUAUAAAAUAUAGUUCAGAAAAUAUACAACUAGAUCUUCAUGAAUAAACUGUUUUUAAUUGUUAAGUUACAGAAAUUUAAUUCCAUUCUUUGGCAUGUGAAAAUAUUGAAAAUAGAGUUUUUGGAUAUAUUGUAAGAUUAGAUUAAAUAAAACCAUAAUAAAAUGGAUUAUAAAUAGUGAAAAAAUAGUUGUAAUAAUAAUUAUGGUUUAAAUUCAUACCUUAAAAUACUUAUUGUUUAGAAAAAGCUAAUAUUACAGAUACCUUUGACAAUUCCAUAAAAUUUGACUCUAGUAUCAUUUGGGAAAGUGCUUAAAAGUAGUCAGAAGAUACUGUAACUCAAGAAUAAAUUAAGUAACAAGAAGAAAUCAAAGGAUUAGCUUAAGGAAUUAGAACUGUACGUCUUUUAAGAGAUAAAAUUGUAGAUAUUGAUGAUCAACAAUAAGAGGAAGAAGAGGAGGAUUCUUAAAAUAAUUAAAUUAUUUAAGCAUAUUAAGAUGAUUUAGAUGAAGAACAAAGUGUUUUGUAGUUAAAUUAAAAUUAUUCCUCUAAAUCCUUAAUUGAAACUGAUAUUAAGUAAUCAUUAUUACCAUCAAUCAAUAAAAAAUUGUAAAUAGUAAUUAAUAUCAUUUUACUAAUAAUUACGAUAUGUAUAUUUACUGAAUACUUUCUGGAUCAUAAACUAAAUGAGGAUCUUUAAUUGAGUAUUCCAUAUUUAAGAUAAAAUAAUGAAAGAGUGGCUAUUUUUUUAUUAAUAUAAUCUGUGAUCUAAGAUUUAAAGUUUUUAAAUUAUGGAUUUCUUCCAUUAUAAUAAAAACUUACUAAUGAUACAUUUACCUAAAUUUAAAGAAACAAUUUUUAGAUUAAUUUAGCCUAAAUAGAAGAGUUAGAAUUAAAUUUAUCAUUAGCUGAAGUAACUUUUAUUUAGGAAUAUGAAUUUUAUGAAAAAUAAUUUAAAAGUCUAAAUGUACAAAUGAAAAACUUUUAUGGAGAUUUAUAAAAUUAUACUUUAUCAGAAACAUUAUAGUAAUUAAUUUCAGUAGCUAUCAAAUUAAAUAAUUCAGAUCUAACUGAAUAUAAUGAUAAAAAUGCAUUACUAUUUUAUUUUGAAUAUAAUUCUUACAAUUCAUUAGCACUCGCUUAACAUAUAUCUUAAGAUUAUUACUAUUACAAUAUUGUCUCGAGAACAUCACUUUUAGAUAGUAGUGUAAAUAUUUUUUUAAUAAUAACUUCAUUCUUUGCAUUUUUAUUGUAAUUAUUAAACAAAUAUUCAAUAGGUUUUUGGUUCAAUUAUGUUACUUUUAUUAAGUUUAUCAUAAUAAAUUAGAAAUCAUAUAAUUAUUUUUAGAUAUUAAGGAAAAUUAAAUAAAAUUAAUAUAUAAUAAUUGUGAACUGUUUUUGACAGAUCUGUAAAUUGGUGAUGAUGAUGUAAAAAUUAUAUAUUUUAUUAGUUAAUAUCUGAAACAGAAGAGAAACCAGUUGAAAAAAGUGAUGAUGCUGCUGUGUUAAAUUUUAGACCAAAAAGAAGAAAACAUAAAGAUUCCAGCAAAGAGUUUCAAAAUCAAUUACUCAUUUCAUUUUUAUUGAAUCUACUAAUUUUCUUAUAUUUUCUCUAUCUGCACUUUUAAGUAGAAAUUGUUGUUCAACAAAUUUAACAAAUAUUGCCAGUUCUUAAUGUUACUAGUUCAGCUGAAAGCUUUAAUAGAUUUGCUGACAAUGCUUUAAGAUAAUUUAUCUAUGAUCCAAAUUAUUUAAUCUAUAAUAAAAAUGGUAUUGACAAAGUCAGAUAAUUAACUAUUGAAUUAUAUGAUAUCGAUUCAGAGAUACAUAAAUUACAUACUGAAACAUGGGAUUUAUUGGAAGAUUCAUAUAAAUCUGCAUUUUUCAGUAUUUUUAUUAAUAAUCCUUGCUCUAUUAUUGCUACUGUAGAAAGUUCCAUAACUGAAGAUGUUUGCGAUUCUUUUUAUGGUGGAAUCAUGUAAAAUGGAUUAUCGAUAGGAAUAACCAAAUUUGUUGAAGAUUUAAGAUAAACCCUAUAAAAUUUUGAGAAUCUUAAUGUUAGUUCUAAAAAUAAUUUUACAAUGACUAAUGAUACUGAUUUAAAUUCUAGAAUGAAUUUAUUAAAUACAAUUCCUAUGACUUCAAUGAGAAGAAUGCAAAAAAUAUUCAUUAGGGCAUGCUAUCGAUAUUUAAUUUCAAUCCUUGAACAAGCAAUUUUGGAUCAUUUUGAUUAAACAGAUAUUUUAAGAUUGGCAAUUUUCCUUUGUAUAAAUAUUCUUUUGUUAAUUGGAGUCACUUUUGUUUGGAUACCAAUUUAAAUAAAGAAUAAUUAAGAUAUUUUAAAUACUCGUUUAUUGAUUCUAAUGAUACCUUUAGAAUAAAUUUUAAGGUAAUAUUAAUAAUAUAAUCAAUAAUAGAAUAAAAUCCAUUAAAAACUAUCUAAGAAAUAAAAUUUAUCAUUGA